AGGACGGCAUUCUGGGAUUACUGGGUCUCCCCAAACUAUCAUGGCGUCCUGUGAAGAUGGCGACUACCAUUAAACAGGCGUUGCUGGAUUUCCUAACUAUUUAAAUUCAAGGAAUUGGAGACAUAGGUAAAAAAAAAUAACACAAAAAAAGAGUGAGAGACGAGGGCCAGGAGAACAGUGCUAGUGGCCAGAGGUUUUCAGGCCAUCACUCACCCCCCACACAGAGCUGAUAAAAUGGAGUGUGCAAUGGACACUCGGCAAGGUGGGGACGAGGCAGCAGAGUGUGAACACACUCUAGAGGAAACGUCUGCAAAAGAAGGAAGUGAGAUGCUGCACAAGAAGAACAAGAAGCACAAAAAACACAAGGGCAAAAAGAAGAAGAAGAAACGUGGCAAGGGAGAGCGGGAGACCAGCUCAGAGUCGGUCCCAGAGUCCGACGUAGAGAAGCCACCAGUCAGAACCAGAGCAGGUUUGAGGAGUGCUGGCCUUGUGGCUUCUGAUGCAGCAGCAGGCACAAAAGAUGAGGCAACAAAGGGCUUGAUCACAGCAGAUAAACCUGAGGUAUGUGAUGUUAAAGCCAGAAAACACAAAAGACAUUUUGGGAAAAAGAAGAAAAAGAGGAGGAGAAAAGGGGAAGAGAAGCAGGAGAAGAACUCACCUUUACACUCCCCAUCAGAGAGCGAAUCUAUGUCAGGGUCAGAUUCUGAGUCUGAGGAGAAGCCAGCUGGCACGGAUGUGCAAGCAGUUCCCAUCCUGUCUAAGGCCAGACAAGAGGAAAGGGUGUCCUCCCUACGCCUAACUCUCGGCCAAAAAGAGGGAUCUCUGAAAAUGUGUCAAACCUUGGAUGAGCAGUCUGCGGAUGCACGAGGAAAGACAGAAGAGAAGGCGCCCCCUGCUGACAGGGAGGAACAGACCGUCUCCGUCAUAAAGGCAGAAGAUUCACGGAGCAACAGGUGCUUCAGUCACUCCCAGGAGCUUCCGGACAUCAUCCCCAAGCAAGGCGGCCAGAGAGAGGAGACAAACGCAGGGCAGAGGUCAAAGGUGAAUAACCAUGCUCCCUCACGGUCAAGGUCACAGUCACUGACGGACACUAAAAGAGCCAGAUCGAGUGUUAGUCAUUCGACAAGCUCCAAGAGGUCCAGAUCAAGCCGCAGUCGUUCACAAAGCCCCAAGCAAUUGUCUGGUCUGCCUGUGUCUAGCAGGGGCAGGUCUCGAUCCUUCUCAAAGAGCAUGACUCCCAAGAGGAAGCAGUCCAAGUCCCUUAAAAGGACAGGACGUAAGUCCCAUUCUCUGACUCCUAAGAGAGGACGCAAGUCCCCCUCUCUGUCCCCCAGGAGAGGACGCAAGUCCCCUUCUCUGUCCCCCAGGAGAGGACGCAAGUCCCCUUCUCUGUCCCCCAGGAGAGGACGCAAGUCCCCUUCUCUGUCCCCCAGGAGAGGACGCAAGUCCCCUUCUCUGUCCCCCAGGAGAGGACGCAAGUCCCCUUCUCUGUCCCCCAGGAGAGGACGCAAGUCCCCUUCUCUGUCCCCCAGGAGAGGACGCAAGUCCCCUUCUCUGUCCCCCAGGAGAGGACGCAAGUCCCCUUCUCUGUCCCCCAGGAGAGGACGCAAGUCCCCUUCUCUGUCCCCCAGGAGAGGACGCAAGUCCCCUUCUCUGUCCCCCAGGAGAGGACGCAAGUCCCCUUCUCUGUCCCCCAGGAGAGGACGCAAGUCCCCUUCUCUGUCCCCCAGGAGAGGACGCAAGUCCCCUUCUCUGUCCCCCAGGAGGGGACGCAAGUCGUCUCCUCUUUCCCCCAGGAGGGGACGCAAGUCGUCUCCUCUGUCCCCCAGGAGGGGACGCAAGUCGUCUCCUCUGUCCCCCAGGAGGGGACGCAAGUCGUCUCCUCUGUCCCCCAGGAGGGGACGCAAGUCGUCUCCUCUGUCCCCCAGGAGGGGGCGCAAGUCUUCUCCUCUGUCCCCCAGGAGAGAACGCAAGUCCCCCAAGAGAGGACGCAAGUCCCCUUCUCUGUCCCCCAGGAGGGGACGCAAGUCGUCUCCUCUGUCCCCCAGGAGGGGACGCAAACUGUCUCCAAGACGAGGGCGGCGGUCUGAGUCCAGGCCUCGUGGUCGUGUCAGGAGGUCGAGGACCAGAACCCCUCGCCCUCGUCGUGGUAGACCCUCGAGGUCCCGCUCGCCUGUGAGGCUGACUCGCCGCUCACGUUCCAAAUCUAGACGGCUCCGUCAUUCCCGGUCCCUGAGAAGAGGCCGGCGCUCCAAAAGCAGCUCCCCGUCUCACAGGAAGAGGUCCCCCCCCAGGACACGACGGUCCCGGUCUCCGGUCAGGAAAGGCAAGCGUACUCGGUCCCGCUCUGUCGUGAUCCUGAAGAGGAACAGGAAAGGCUCACUGUCCAAAUCCCCAACAGGCAAGAACACCAAGUCCCGCUCCAGGAGCUGCAGGAAAUCCAGUUCACCAGUACAGAAAAUACUUUCUAGAUCACCAAAGCGGAGCAGGACAAAGUCCAGAUCCCCAAUACGCAGUAAACCAUCAAGAUCACCAUCCCCAUGUAACAGGUCCUGUACUCCUAAAUCCAAAUCGCUGAAAAGAAACAAGUGUUCACUGUCAAAAUCGCCCAAAAGAGACAUAUCGGAAUCUAGGUCUGUCUUAAGCGAUAGGCAAUCUGAGAGCGUAUCCCCAGAACGCUCAAGAUCCAGGUCUACUGACCUGAAGUCUCUGAAAUCAGUCAAACAUACUGCAGACAAGACUGUGAAUGACAAGCCUGCAGACACGCCUGUUGGGGAGGCUGUAGCAACAGCUGCAACAGGGCCCUGGAAGCCCCUCCCUUGGGCUGCACCCUCCAGUUCUAUCAUACAGGGCAAGCCAGUGGCUGGGCAGGGUGACGAGAGCAUUUCUGAGAUUCCAUCUGAAGACCACGACUCCGCAGCAGAAGAGCCAAAGGGAGCAAGAAGCCCAACAAGCUCCUCUGAAGAAGAGCCAGAUGAGCAUGCUAUCUCCAGGUCUGUGUCACCAGAGACCGUUUGUGCUGAUCGUCGCUACAGGGCAUCAUCUUCUAAAUCCUCCACCAAGAAGGCAUCAUCCUCGAAACAACGUCAGUCCUCAAAAUCAGCAUCACCUGCCAGAAAGUCCCACUCACCUGCCGGCAGAAAGACGUCCACCUCUCCCUCACGGAGGUGCUCCCGGUCUAAGUCUACCUCUCCCUCUCAGUCCAAGUCUACCUCCAGAAGGAGGCGUUCCAAGUCCCCAUCCAGGAAAAGGAAGUCUGUCUCCCCGCCUGCCAGACGGAAGAAGAGGUCCAAGUCCAGAAGUCCUGUCUGGCGCAGGAGAUCACGCUCUAAGUCACCGGCACGGCGCAGGAAGUCACAUUCCAGGACCAAGCACUCAAAGUCCCGCUCCCCGGCCAGAAGGAAGAGGUCCAAAUCCACAGACAGGCGCAAACGCCUCAAGUCUCGUUCUCCAGGCCGGAGGAGAAGGUCCGUGUCGCGACGGCGCCGGCCCAUCAUGCGAAAUCGCUCAUUUGACCGCCGCGACCGAUGGAAACGGGAACCAAGCCAUUCACCCAUCCUCAUCCUCCGCAAGCGCCGGUCCACAUCUCGAACCCGCCGCAGUGCCAGCAAGACCCCUCCUCGUCUCACUGAGCUGGACAAAGACCAGCUACUGGAGAUAGCGAAGGCCAAUGCAGCAGCCAUGUGUGCUAAAGCAGGUGUGCCCAUUCCAGAGAGUCUGAGACCCAAGGCCAUCCUCCAGCUUCCCCUGCCCAACCCAGCCCCAACCCCUCUGAAUCUGCCUCUUCCCCUGCCCUUGCCUCUCAACAUGCCCGGCAUGGGAAUGCCCAACAUGAACAUGCCCAACAUGAACAUGCCCAACAUGAACAUGCCCAACAUUAACAUGUCCAAUAUGGCCAUGAGUGCUGCCAUGGCCAGUAUGAAAGCUGCCACCAUGACUGCAGCCCUCACCAACAUGGCUCAGAUGUCAAACAUGCCCCAGAUGGCUCCCCUCCCCACCAUCACCAACAAGCCCCCUCCUAGCCAGGCUCCCCAAACAACCCUUCCCCCCCUCAACCUGGACCACAUAGAGGAGGUGAAGAGGAAGGUGACUCAGCAGGCCAACAUCUACAGCAUCAAGGAGCUCACUGAGAAAUGUAAGAUGAUAGCAGCAAGUAAAGAGGAGAUGGCCAUAGCGAAGCCGCAUGUGUCUGAUGACGAGGAUGAGGACAGGAAGCCCUGUGGCAAGAGCUUAAGUUAACUUUCUUUGGGGCGCAUCAGAGGUACUCCCCAUGGAUACCAUCACCAGGUGUCAAGGUUGUUGUGGUUAUAGAGCAGGAACCUCAUCAGAUACUGCCAGCCCUUGUUCUCUGGACAAUCAUUCCCUCCCAAACCCCUCCCAUCAGUACUCUAGCUGUCUGGGGAAGUGUUUGAAACGUCAGUGAUCCUGUGUCCCAUUGGACAGACUGGCCUGAGUGUUCUUGUGUGUCAUUGGAUGGAUUGCAGUGUGUACAGUGUGGUUAUCCCUAGCUUCUACACGUUGCUCAGACAGAGCUCUCUGGACAAUGACUGAAGCAAAAUGAUAUAGGAACAUAUUUUCAAUGUUUUGUCAACCCUUUCUAAUGUUAAACUUCUGUUCCUUUUUUAUUGUGUUCAGUAAUAAUAUUUCCACCUCAUUGUUCCUUUAGUGCCAUUUUAACCUGUAAUUAAGUGAACUGCUCGGUCUGCCCUCAGCACGCACGGGCACACAAAUACACACAUCAGUAAUAUGAUGGUCAGGUGUGCCUUUAGUGACGGGCAGACGACCAGGUCUCUCCGUUGAGAAGACAAACUUAUCAGGUCUUUGUAGGAUGCACUCUAAAUGUUUUCACUUCUCUACAUAUUAACUGAUGUAAUCUUUAGCUAUUUUAAUAACAAAUGCAUUUUAGGAUUUCCUUGAUCAGUAGUAGAAUAUUAUUUGGCUGACUUUGUACAUAAUAUGUUGAUUAUUAAAGGAAACCAGAAAAUCA